AACAGAUGAAAUAGAUAAGCGGGAAGCUUCUCUGAUUGCAGAUAUCUUCUUUCAUACACAUAAAAGUACUAAUACUUGUCUAUUAAAAACAGUCCAGAUUAUUGUAUUCUGCUGACGAAUUGGUCACGUAACAAUAAACUCACUAUGAACUCUGUUGUAACUAUUGAUUUGUGCAAAAAAGUAUCUUAAUGAAUGUGGUAACAAAAAGUCUAACUCUCUAAAGUUUGAAAACUUCUGCACUACACAGAAAGUAAAUGUUCACCCGCCAAUUCAUGAGCUUCAAUAUGGGUUUUGCUGACCAUUGUUUGGAUGUGAAAUCUACAGGAGUCUUCAACAUAUUUCUUUAACGUUUUUUAAAACCUGAACGAAAAUAUCCACAAGUUAACAGCGUUCUCACUACAGAACUUAAAGAGAUUGGCCAGUAACUACGUUGAGCUGCUUUUUUCGAUGUUUUUAAACCAGUCGUAGUGUAAAUACUUAGUAUAUUUUCGGACUAACACAGAAUAGAUUUUGUCGCCGUGUUCCAAAAAUCCGUUAGCUAUAUAAUAUCUUGUGCCCUUUCUGAAUAUCCUACUUUUAAAUCAAGCAUAAAUCGGCAGAAUUGUGUGUCGUCUGCUGCCACUCUGGGGCAAGAUGUUUGACUAUCAAAAUGAAGACAUAAUAUCGAUCCAGGCCAACUCUCUUGAUGUAGCUAAAUUUCUGAAAAAUCAUGGCAUUUCCGAUUCAAUCAUUGACAUUUUCACUAAGAACACAAUCGAUGGAUUGUCAUUUUGUCUGUUAACUGAGAAAGACUUAUGUGAAAUGGACAUCAAAGAGGUUGGUGUUAGAAAACGUAUCAUGUAUUUAUGUUGCUUCUGGCGUCACCAAAUUGAAAAUCAUAAUUAUGGAGAAUAUACUUUUCCAAGAUUACCAAGUGAGAAUUCUGUAGUUGAUCUGCUAUGCUGCCAUAAUCCUAAAUUGGAUAAUAUGGAACAAGAUGUAUCCAGAUUAAAUGGAAAUGAUAAUGUGGAGUGUAUAGCAGACAGUACUAUUUUAAAUGAUUACGAUUACGGAAUAGAUGAAGACAAUACAAAUUUCUGGAAAUUUAUAACCAGUUGUUUGUAUUUCAUUUUUGCUACAUUUGUUACAGCAUUUGUUAUAGUUUCGGUCCAUGAACGUUUGCCUGUUACAUCGAAAUAUCCUCCGUUACCAGAUAUUUUUCUAGAUAAUCUUCCUCAUAUCAGUUGGGGGUUUAUUGCAGCAGAAGUGGUUAUCAUUGUACUGUUUAUGAUUUGGCUGACUAUUUUAUUUCUACAUAAAUAUCGGUGGAUACUUUUACGUCGUUUUUUUGUGCUUAUGGGCACGAUAUUUUUAUUAAGAUCAAUUACUAUGUCGAUAACUUCACUAAGUGUCCCUGGAGUGCAUUUAACAAAUCAAUGUAGCCCAUAUAUAAUAAAAAAUUAUACAGAACGCUUCAAACGUGCAUUAGAAAUAUGGAUAGGUUGUGGUUUAUACAUUACGGGAUUACGAACUUGUGGUGAUUAUCUGUUUAGUGGUCAUACAACAUGUCUUACUCUUCUUAACUUUUUCAUUAGUGAAUAUUCACCACGAAGAUUUUAUCUUUUGCAUACAUUUACAUGGGUUCUGAAUCUUUUCGGUGUAUUUUUCAUACUUGCUUGUCAUGAACAUUAUUCUAUUGAUGUAUUCAUUGCUAUAUAUAUUUCAUCAAGAUUAUUUCUAUACUAUCAUUGCCUUGCUAAUAAUAAUUUAUUACAUCAACCAGAUAAUGAACGUUUAAGAAUGUGGUUCCCAUUAUUUUCAUUUUUUGAACAUGAUGUACGAUCAGUUGUACCGAACGUAUAUGAAAUACCCUUUAAAGAUUAUUACGACGAUAAAUUUAAUCGCAAUAACAAUAAUAAUAACGGGAGCAGAAGCAGCGGCAGUAGUAUCCAUACCAAUGGUAACAGUAGUUGUAGCAGUAAUGCAACUGGUAAUUACAAUCAAAAUUACGGUAAAAGGCAAUUGGAUCAUGUUCGUCGUAAAUCUACACGUUGUCUGCUACAUACCUAUCAUAAUACUAACAAUCAUGAGUAUUCAACUUGCAAUCAUAUAACACAAACAUUAGGAAAUACAUUCAUUUCAAAACGUUGUGAGAUUUUUAGUAAAAAAGAAUCUUAG